CGUAGCUGCAUGUUCGACACUUCAACAAAUAUACGAUCCAGCAGAGAUGGCAAACCAGUAAUUUGUUCUUCCGGUGACCGGCGAUUAAGGCUCCGACAAUGCUCUAAGCAGAAAAAGUUUGUAAUCAAUCAGUAAUUUAAACUUCUCUAAUCAAUUACUGAAUUCACAAGCUCACUGUCUAGCUUCCAUUGCUUAACGAAGAAAUUAUUAUUUUCCAUAGCAUUUGAAGUGUACAUUUGAUUUAUUUAUUUUUAUUACAACAUUCUCUAUUUUCUCCAAGAAAACGAUGUCAUUUCUACGGCGCAGAAAGACCGUUGCAAAUUCCACGUCGCGUGGUUCAGAUCGCGGUGACGAUGAAGAGGAGAAAAAGAAGAAUGAGAAAAAGGGAGAAAAUAUUAAGAAGGGGAAGAAUGUUGAAGGCAAAAAGAUAGAGAAAUGGUCAUGUAUUGAUAGCUGUUGUUGGUUCAUUGGAUUCAUAUGUUCAGUUUGGUGGUUUUUGUUGUUUUUGUAUAAUGCAAUGCCGGCGUCGUUUCCUCAAUACGUGACAGAGGCAAUUACAGGGCCGUGGUUGGACCCUCCCGGCGCGAAGUUGAGGAAAGAAGGGUUGUCGGCGAACCACCCUGUGGUUUUUGUUCCGGGAAUUGUUACUGGUGGAUUAGAACUAUGGGAGGGUCGUCAAUGUGCUGAUGGAUUGUUUAGGAAAAGGUUGUGGGGAGGCACAUUUGGGGAAUUAUAUAAAAGACCAUUAUGUUGGGUUGAACACUUGUCACUAGAUAAUGAAACAGGACUAGAUAGACAAGGCAUUAGAGUUAGACCUGUAUCUGGACUUGUAGCAGCUGAUUAUUUUGCACCUGGUUACUUUGUUUGGGCUGUUCUAAUUGCUAAUUUAGCACGCAUUGGGUAUGAGGAGAAAAACAUGUAUAUGGCUGCAUAUGAUUGGAGAAUCUCCUUUCAAAAUACAGAGGUCAGGGAUCAAACAUUGAGCAGGAUAAAAAAUAAUAUAGAACUUAUGGUGGCUACAAAUGGUGGUAAAAAGGUGGUUGUUAUUCCACAUUCAAUGGGUGUUCUGUAUUUUCUGCAUUUUAUGAAAUGGGUUGAGGCCCCGCGACCAAUGGGUGGAGGGGGUGGGUCAAAUUGGUGUGCCAUGCACAUUAAAGCAGUGACAAACAUUGGGGGACCUUUUCUUGGUGUUCCAAAAUCUGUUGCUGGACUUUUCUCUACAGAAGCCAGGGACAUUGCUGUUGCUAGGGCUUUCGCACCAGGUUUUUUAGAUAAGGAUGUUUUUGGUCUUCAAACUCUACAACAUUUAAUGCGGAUGACCCGAACAUGGGAUUCAACCAUGUCAAUGAUACCAAAAGGUGGGGAUACUAUAUGGGGUGGCCUUGAUUGGUCCCCUGAAGAAUACUACAACUGCAGUGCAAAGAAGCAAAAGAACAAUGAUACUUCUGGUGCAUUUAAAAAUGACAAAGCGAAUAUUGUCAAGAAAAAUAUCAAUUAUGGGAGACUCAUAUCAUUUGGGAAAGACAACGCCGAGUUACAUUCCUCCAAGCUUGAGAGGUUGGAUUUUAGGGAAUGUCUCAAGGGGAGGAACUUUGCAAACACAUCUAGUUGUGAUGUUUGGACAGAGUAUCACGACAUGGGUGUUGAGGGUAUCAAAGCUGUUGUAGAUUACAAAGCUUACACAGCUGAUUCAAUUUUAGAACUGUUUCAUUUUGUUGCUCCCAAGAUGAUGAAACGUGGAGGUGGUCAUUUUUCUUAUGGGAUUGCUGAUAAUUUGGAUGAUCCGAAAUACAACCAUUACAAAUAUUGGUCUAAUCCUUUGAAACAACGUGAAUUACCAAAUGCCCCAGAUAUGGAGAUUUACUCUAUGUAUGGAGUUGGGAUUCCUACAGAAAGAGCCUAUGUCUACAAAUUCAGUACACAAUCUGAAUGUCACAUUCCUUUUCAGAUUGACACAUCAGUAAAUGGUGAAAAUGAGGACUCAUGUCUAAGGGGUGGAGUUUAUAGUUCUGAUGGUGAUGAAACUAUUCCUGUUUUAAGUGCUGGUUUCAUGUGUGCAAAAGCUUGGCGUGGAAGAACGCGCUUUAAUCCCUCGGGAAUCCGCGCGUACAUAAGAGAGUAUGAUCAUGCCCCUCCAGCUAAUCUUCUAGAAGGCAGAGGAACUCAGAGUGGUGCUCAUGUUGAUAUAUUGGGGAACUUUGCAUUAAUUGAAGAUAUCAUACGAGUAGCGGCUGGAGCCUCCGGCGAGGACUUAGGUGGAGAUAGAGUUUACUCUGAUAUUUUCAAAUGGUCUAAAAAAAUUGAUUUAAAGCUCUAGAUUUACAAUAGUAAUAGUAAUCUUUUUUUCCUAAUCUAACUUCUCAAACUGCUGACAUUAAUUUUGCCGCGUCCUAGACUUGGUCUACUACUUCCAUAUCAUGUCUUUAGUGAAAAUGUUCAAUCUUAUAAAUAUUACAAAAUCAGGGUUAUAUGUGAUGCUUCUAAAUUUUCA